GAUUCCAGUUCAAUUGUUGACUUCGUUCUCCUCAUUUAAUGUCUGACCACUGGGACUUUGACUGAGCCAUCAGCACAGCAGAUUCUGUCUUAGUUGUGUUCUUAUCCAUAGAGGAUGUUGGUGAGGAUCCUGGUUCUGCUCUACCUGGCGGGGGCACCUGCCCUAGCACAAACCCUCUGCCAGCCUAAUGCAUCAAAUGGCUACAUGGUGCGAAUCAGCAUAAAAACAGCUUUGGGAAAUCAGGCUUAUGAAUGGAAUGAAAAUGAAAUGUUCCUUUUCCGAGCAACUAUGGCCUUUGCCAUGAGGAGGUACUAUGAAACGGAAACUUACAAUGUCGACAACAUUAUCGUGUGUGAUCAGACUCCGAGGGUGUCCUUCUGGUUUGUGGUGACAUCACCAGACAACGCCGCCAUGCUUAUUCCUAAGGCAGAUGUGGAGAAAGCUGUGAGCAUGUCAAGGAAUCGCAUCAACAACGCCUUCCUCCUGACAGAUAGGACCCUGGAAUUUCUGGGCAUCGACCCCACGCUGGUGGAGCCAGUCAACCCUAACACCCCUCCCUGGCUCAUCGUGUUCGGAGUGGUCAUAGGGGCUGUGUGUGCUGGAAUCAUCGUCAUGCUCGUAUCCUCUCUGCUUCAAAAGAGACGGAAAGAGAAAGGGAUUGUGGAGGAUGGACAGGAUGAAGAGGACAGGCAGAUGAAAGGAGUGGAGAAUGGCAACAUCCUGGAUGGCAGCUACAAUAGAGGAUUCACAGAUGAUGAUCGCUUCACAAAGCUGUAAAGGCUUCCCCUGUAAAAUGCUGCCAAGCAAGCACAGGAUGGGCUAAGAGACGUGAAAAACCACUACAAAGAGACUUUUAUGCACUGUGUCUACAGUUUAAAACUGCAGCAGCUAUGAGAUUUCAUAAAAACAGACUCUGUGAGCUCCAAAAGUAUUGGGACAGUGACAAAUGUUUUGUUGUUUUGGCUCUGUACUCCAGCACUUUGGAG